GCCCUCCGGCACAGGCUCUAGCCAUGCUUUCACUUCUGCGCCACCCACGCAGCCGCCCACUCCUCAGCCUUCCAGCGGCGCUGCUAGGUUGGUGGUCGCGGGUGCCGGUGCCCUCGCUGGAGCCGUUGCCAUGAUGUUGUGAGCAGCUCUGGCUUGCAUAGUGCACGUGUUGGCGGCAGGUUUUGAAGGAACACAUUUGGCGGUGGUAAUGGCUGACGAAUGGCAUCAAUUGCAUAGAGUCGUGAUGAUGAAUGCGGAUACCGUAAUGGGGUGGCCUUCCUUUCUGCUAGGCGCCUGGUAUAUGUUCUCUUCUUCCAGCUUUAAUGAUUCUUGGCUUACCGGGCAAUGCGUUUGCGAAGGGGUAAUGCAAUGCAGUGUAGAUACCAAUAAAAUUUCAGUAAUUUUUUCAAACAUUGGCGUGCAAAUUCUCAUUCUCUCGCUAUUGCUGUGCGUGAAUCUCAAGUUAUCUUACAAGUACUAUAAAAAUGCAUUGCCUAGCGCAGAGCAAAACGCAUCAUCGUGUUUCCAUGUCUGAACCUUGGAACGUGCUCUGGCGAGACAACAUGACGUCACGCCGCCUUCCUGCAUAGCCUAACCCCAUCAAGCUGGCUUCCCGCCUCUUAGGCAGCCC